GUCCUCAAGCUUUAGUGACAAACGAGGCCUGUCCUGGUUUACACUCACAAUCUCUGGCCCCCGCGACUCCCGACACUCGUCUUCCGCAAGAUUCAAUCCUUUGCCAGAGUGCAAGCAGCAAUCGCUAUAUUCACCAUGGAUGUGUAAUACAAGUUCGGGAUAUUCACCGAACUUAAGCAGCGGCGCAGACGGGCCUGCUUGAGACAGGUGUAUUGCAUUGAUUCUUACCUGACGGAAAAGUUUUUCUUUUAACUUUCAGCAUGCGCGUGACUUAAAGCGUCGACCACUCACAGGGGUCACGAUGAUGACUGUAUCAGUCUUCUACGGCGGCUGGAGAAUGGACAGCUUGCAGCUGACGACAAACAUUCUGAAGAAAGGCUGGCGACAGCAAAAUGUUUUCUCCAGAUCAUGAGUUUUAAGGAAAAGGGAUUUCGAUGACGCUAGGAGCAGCGAUUUACUGCGGUGUAGGAAAGUAGUGACCGGAAGUUGUACGUGCCGCUUGCCGACGACCAUGACGCUGUCUGAGUUUAUGCGGCAGUAUGUCAGUGUUGUGUCACAAGUGGCCAGUCUUUUGAUACUGUCUGGCAUUUUCUUCAUUGGUGUGUUUGCCCUUGUCUUGCUGGUACUUCGAUUUUGGGUGCAGCAUCGUGCCAAAACUCUUCUGCCUCACCUGAGGGAAGGAGGGACCACAUUGACAGUUGGGUUCUUCCAUCCAUACUGCAAUGCAGGUGGUGGAGGAGAGAGAGUGCUUUGGACAGCCAUACGGGCUAUCCAGAAAAGAUAUCCCAGAAUUCGCUGUGUGGUCUAUACGGGUGACAUAGAGGCAACACCUGCAGAAAUUCUUGGAAGGGCUCAGCAGCGUUUCAAUAUUACACUUCCAGGCCAAGUUGAGUUUAUCUUUUUGCGACAUCGUGGCUGGGUGGAGGCUUGUAAAUAUCCCUGUUUUACACUGCUGGGUCAGAGCCUUGGUUCUGUGGUUCUGGGCUGGGAAGCCAUUAUAGGAUAUGUCCCCGAUAUCUACAUUGAUUCUAUGGGCUAUGCAUUCACUGUACCCAUCUUCCGAUUCUUUGGUGGCUGCAAAGUAGCCUGUUAUGUGCAUUAUCCCACUAUCAGUACAGACAUGCUGGAGAGAGUGUCAGAAAGAACUCAAGCUCACAAUAAUAUAUCUUUGAUCGCAAACAGUUCCCUGCUGAGCAGCAUAAAACUUAUUUAUUACCGCUUGUUUGCUUACCUGUAUGGUGUUGUGGGCAAACGCUCACAAAUCAUCAUGGUCAACUCGACAUGGACAUUCAAUCACAUCUUGCAGUUGUGGAGGGCACCUUCUAAGACUCACAUUGUGUACCCUCCUUGUGACGUGUCAGAGUUUAUCAGCAUUCCCCUCACUCAGGAAGUUCCCGUAGAUGAGAAGAAUAUCAUCAGUGUUGGCCAAUUUCGGCCAGAAAAGGACCAUCCUCUCAUGCUUAGAUCAUUCAAAAUGUUUUUAGAGGACACCCCCAAGGAGGCGAGGCCACGCUACAAGCUGCUGUUAGUUGGAAGUUGUCGCAAUGAUGGGGACAUGCAGCGUGUUACAGACUUAAAGAGACUGAGUGAGGAGUUGUCCAUUCAAGAGAAUGUUGUCUUCCAUCUUAAUGUAAGUUUUACAGAACUUAAACAGUUGCUGGCUUCCUCGGUGAUUGGUCUGCACACAAUGUGGAAUGAGCACUUUGGAAUAGGAGUAGUGGAGUGUAUGGCCUCUGGUACCAUAGUCCUUGCACACAACUCAGGAGGACCAAAACUUGAUAUCGUCAUCCCAUACAACAAUUCUGCAACAGGAUUUCUGGCCAGCACUGAGGCUGAGUAUGCCAGAGCUAUGAAGAUAAUCUUUACCAUGAAUUCAGAUAAAAGUCUUCUGAUUCGGCAGAAUGCCAGAAAUUCUGUGGCUAGAUUCUCUGAGGAAGAGUUUGAGACGAAUUUCUUAACUGUGAUGGACCCAUUGUUUAAUCAGAAGAUUACAUAAAAUUAGCUUGUGCAGCAAGUUGUAUUUAUUUUGGGUGCAUUAAAUUUAUUGUUAAGUGUAGAUGUGGGAAAGGUUUUUGCUUAAGUGCAUUCUUACGUGCAUAGAAACAUUCUGCAAGAUGCCUGUUGGAGGAAAGCAUGUGUUACCUGUGCUUGAAGACACUGUGUACAUUGUAUCUUGCACAAAAUGCAUGUCACAAGUAUCUAUAAACUGCUUGGAAAGAA